GGUUGGGACCCGCGUCGGGAGAGCGCGUCCCGUCAGUGAGGUUCAGGUGUUCGACUUUCUAGUAGCAGCUCCAAGCUCUGUCACCACUUUCGCUUUCCACUACCUGGACGGCGUCUUAGGCCGCCAGAUACGAUAAUUUACUCACAGCCAGCCCUGGUCCGGAUGGAGACCAUCACCAAUGGCUACUUUGACCGAUAGAACCUAUUUUCCUCCGCUUGAGGAGUGUUUAAGCGGAAAGAAAAUAAUCAUCUCGUGGAGGUUUCUCGCAUCUGCUCUCGAGGACUUGUGCUGCGAUCGAUUGACCAGUGCCGCCGUGUCGGCCUUUCUCCGAGAUGGCUACGUCCACCAGUUGCUGCGGGAACCCAGCAAGACUUUCGAGCCGCCAACAAACCAGUCCAGGGUCGACUUCGAGACCAAGACCGGCGCCAUCAACGUCGUGCCGUCCCCGAACGACCCAUAUAACUUAGACACCAUCAAGAACGACGCCCGAUGGCUGAGCAAGAACGUCAACGUCAACGAGGUCGCUGCUCUGCGCAUCGUGCUUGUGGAAUACCAGUCGCGCGCCCACAGUCACCUUACCGGUCCGCUAUCCACCCAGGAUGUAGCCAACAUCCAAGAAGCGGCCGGGGUUGGCGAUGCGCAAGCCUCGGCCAUCCUAGCGCUCCUGAACGUGACAACGGUUGCCGAUGCCGAGGCGACAUGGGCCGACUUCGAAAGCGAAGCCAGCCGCCGCCAGCGGCUCCUAGCUACAUAUCUCUCCGAGCGGCAAUCCUUCUUGGGGGCGGUCGAUGCUCUCAUCACGUUCCUGAUAUACUCGCAGCCGUCGCGAGCAUUGGAUCCCUUGUGUCGGGCUGUUGGCAAGGAGGCCUUCGAGUUCGACGAGAGCGCGGUGCCGCCUAACAAGUCGCGACUCGAAGCUCUGGCGCCCGCAUACAUUCGCCUGCUCAUGGACUGCGCCAAGCGGACCCAGACGAUGCCCGAGUUCCUGGACAAAAACAUACUAGCAGACCAAUUGGAGGUUGUCUGGCUCAGGACAGCCCUCGCCGAAGCAAUUCAUGCCAUGUCGCUAGUUUUCCAGAUCUUGGAUCUCAAUGACUCGAUCUUCGCACCGCCGGAGGUCGUCACCCAAUGGUUUGCGCUUAUGGACGCAUUCGAGUUCUUCGAGCCAGUUGCUGGGGGGCAUGUGCUUAUCGCGGAGCUGAUCAUGCCGCUCCGGACUCUGGUUGCCGUGAUCUCAUUGAAACUGCUCAAUAUCGAUCGGGCACUCUUAUAUCUGGAUCAGGAUGUCGACUUGCUCGACAAUGAAGAGCCUUACUUAGCUUCGUCUGACGCCCUCACCCAAAUUCACACCACAGUUGCGGCAGCGGCCAGCGCCGGCCUGAUGACGGCCCUGCCUGUGGUAUUCGCCUGGUCCCUGAUCGUGCAUCAAAUGCACCUCGGAUACCAGGAACGGGCGGAACGGCGCGACUUGUUACAGAACCAGCGGGCACAGGCCGGCUUUGAGCUCGAGUACGAGCCCUCCAACCGUCAGCGGAGGAAUUCCGCCGGGAGCAUCGUCUCCAUCGAAACAUCAUCCUACGAUGUCUUCCUUGUAUCCCAACAGCUGGAACGGAACAUCGAGCCGGCGGAAAACAUGGCCAAGGUGGCUACCUCGCGCGGCCAGGUCUACGAACUGAUGCGGGAGAUGGCAAAUUGCCUGGGAAGCGGCCAGAUGGCCGCCUUCCGGACCGUUCUAGGUGCCCGCGCUCGCUUGGUCUUCCAGGAUCUUCUAAAACGGAGCGCCCAUUAUGUGGGGUACCAAGAGGAACCUGUCGACUGUCUCCUCUCCGUCCUCUCGGGCGGUAGCCAGUACUGGGACAUAUCCCUCGACGUUCCCUCGGACCCUUCCUCCCUGGCCCUUUACCGUCGCAUGCUACAAGACGAUAUUCUCGGCAUACAGUUCACAUCCCAGUCACAAUACCGGUUUCCCUACGAAUUCCUUCCCUUCUCCUCUCUCUGGCGCACCUUGUCGGGCGCUUUAAUAUUGGACGAGGAGAACUCCGAACGUAUCACGGCGUUGCUCCUAAAAACCCCUAGCCUGACCUUGGAUUGGGAUCACCGGUGGCGGGAGUCAUACGAACUGGUAUUUGAGGAGGAGAACACCAACUCAUUUCAGCUGACUCGGGAUAUUCAGCUUUUUGAACCGACCGCGAAGUCCAACAGACGGUUUUCGCCGGAAGAGAUGUGCACAAUACCCGCCAGGACAUUCGGGCGUUUCUUGACCGAUAGCUCGAAAGUGGUUAAGCUGGAUUUCGGGCAUUCCGCAAUAGCUCUUCUCGGAAAGCGUCUUGAGGUGAAUCUCGCGGCAGACGCCUACGACAGCGGGCUGAGGCGCCUGACGAUGGAUGAGUUGGUCGAGGGCAUAGGGCUGUUGGCGACCUUUUUGCGCGUCGAAACCCUGAAAUCCUCCAAGACAGAUUCCGACCGAGGCAUGAGGAUUUUGACGGAGGCUAGCCGCUUACUUCCAAGGGGCAAGGACAUCAUCAGCAUCGUUUGCGACACAAUUGACAACUUGGUUGAGGAGGAGUCCGCGGAUCUGGAUGGCGUCGGGUUUGCCGCCCUGACAUCUUGCCUCCACUUCUUGCACGCGGCACUCCCAGUUUGCCCGGGCCGCGUCUGGGCCUACAUGGCACGGUGUGCGCUCAUCAACAGCGACACGCGGUCCGGACGCCUGUCCAGAAUCACAGCUAAUCUCGACAUGGUUGCUGAAAGGUUUGACCUGCUGUUGUCCGCGGUGAAGCUGUUCUCCAGCCUGGUGGACGGCGCCAUGACAAGCGCAGUGCGAAGGAGGACAGGGGCAAAUGCGAACAGCCCGAACAGCCGUUCAAAGGGAGAGGAGAACCCGUGGGUCGGGGCUUCCGACAAGAUCAUAUCCCGAGUAUCCCUUUCAAUCGCCCAAACCACUCUCGACGUCUUUGAGAAUUCCGCUACGUGGAGGUUCCCAUCGGAGCUUGACCGCAGCAUUCUGGUCCGGGAUGUUGUGGGCAUCAUGCACAGGUUGAUAUCCUACACACAUGGCGUGGGGUCGCACGAAGCACCCCAGAGUUUGACGAAACCGCUCGCGCCUGCGGCCGGAUACAUCGUGGAGAGUUUCCUCUCCAGCUCGUCGAGCUCCCUACGCUUCCAGCCACUCCUGGCGACUCUGCUGGUUGCCUUCCAGAUUCCUGACUCCACCCUCUAUGUGCGGCGCGCUCGGAUCGUGGCCGACAGGCUAACGGCGGUUCUCGCCUUCGCUACCACACUCUUGCGGGUUGCAGACUACUUGGACCAGGCCUCUGCUGCCAUCCAAACCCAGCUCUUCAAGUCCGCCUCCGUGAUUGCUCGGCUACCGGCCAUUAGGCAUUCUUUCAAGAUGCCAGCCAUUUCUCUCCUGAGUGCGCUCGUGGAGAGCGCUGGCCAAGGGAGCGGUGAGCCGCCGUCGCUUUUGGGAUAUCUGGGCCCCCAAAUAUCUCGCUCCUUCAUCCAGAUCGCCUCGCAGCUGGACAAGCCCUUUGACAGGAUACCGGAGGUCGUGAGCACCUGGAAGUUCUUCUCGACAAUACUGCGGAACCGGCAACAAUGGAUGGCGAACUGCCUGCUCACGGGCAAGACGCCACGCGAGGCUCUGAAAGCGGACGCCAAGAUCUCCCAGCUUUCCGCAGGCUCGGUGCUGUCCACGGCGCUAGAAAAGCUGGGCUCCAUCAGCAAGCUCCCAAGUCGGGAGACUCUUGCCAUCCUCGACUUCUUCACAUCGGCGCAAAACUACUGGCCGUGGACCAUCAUUGCGAUGCAGAAAGACAGGUCAUUCCUGCAGCAUCUCAGGUCCUAUGUCCGCGAGCUGAAAGCCCCAGCGGUGGUUGCCAAGGCCGACCCGGCCGAGGCAUGCUACCAAGCGCGGAUUGCCGCCUACAUUGCCGAGACGUUCGCCAUGCAGCUGUACCACCUUCGUCAGAUGCGCCAGGAGCAGGCCUUUGCUUCGGAGCUGGUGAAUGACCUGGAUUACUUCCUCCGGGACGGCGUUCACGUGUCCGAUUACAACUCAUCUCUGCAUGCCAACUUCGCGAGGAACUUUGCCAAGCGAUACUCGGGAUGCUUAAUCGACGAUUUCAAGCGGACUCUGCUGGUGCCACGGGAUCUAGGGUCCCAGUACUACUAUGCGCUGGAUGUCGCAGAAGCCAUGCUCAGCUAUGAUGCUGGCUGGGCUGGUUCACGGCAGAACGGCUUCAGGCGAGAGAUGGAGACGGCCAACUUGAACCUCUCCUUGGUGGAGGCCGAAGUUGCGCUGUUCCGUGCCUGGGAGUAUCUGCUCUUGGAGCUCAGCAUCUCUCUGCUGCCAAAACACAAAACAUUUGCAAGGCAGAUGCUACAGGUCGUCGAGCAGUGCUUGGAGUCGAACCAAGGACCGCAGCCGCCGGAGAAUAUCUUCGUUGUGCUCGCACAUUCACGGGCAAACUUGGCCCUGUCGCUGCUCCAGCGGCUGGCGGACUGCUCGCUCCUCCCCAAGGACAUCACCCAGCUACUCUCGUCAAUAGCAGCGACCAUGAACGGCGUGGAAAAUCCGUGGAGCAAAGAUCAGAUAGCCUACUUCCGCACCCUCCUCAAGAUCCUCUUUGUGAUCUUGAGAGGGACCAAGCACUCGUCUAGCGCGGCGCCACAGAAGACCACUGCCGAAAGCCCCGUUGCUGUCAGCCAACUUGUCCUAACUAUCCUCGACCGGGUGGUAGCGCGGUCGUUCCGCACGCUUGCAGGCCUCGUGCACGAGUGGGACGCCGCCACAACACCAGAAGACUUAGCACUCAUAACCGGCAUAUUACAAGCCUGCCUUAGCGUGCCCGGAAUCGAGCAAUGCCAGCUCCAAGUCCUCAACAUCAUGUCCUCGUACGACGUCCUGCAGGUUGCCACCUCGCUCUUCUCGUGGUCCGACCGCAUCACCGACAAGGGUGACCCCGUCUACGGCGAGCUGGCGCUCCUCCUGCUCCUGGAACUAUCCGCACUGCCCGCCCUCGCCGAGCAACUCGCGUGCGACGGCCUCCUCGGCCACCUCACCGCCGCCAAGCUAGCUGGGUUCAUGCGCCGCGCCAACGUGUCGCCCUUCUCGGACAACGCGGGCGCCGCGCGGUGCUACGCCAUCUGGGCGAAGGGAGUCCUGCCGCUCCUGCUCAACAUCUUAGGCGCGCUCGGCGCCACCAUCGCGCCCGAGAUCGCCUUCGUCCUCAACCAGUUCCCCAACCUGCUCCGCGCCUCGGCCGAGGAGCGCCUCGAGGCGCCCGGAAUCAGCCGCACCGUGUCGGAGCGCGACGCGCCGCACUUUGUCGCGCUCCUUGCCGUCAGCGAGGCGCAUUCGCUGGCGCUGCUGACGCGGGUGCUAGCGGCGCUGCGGGCGAAUAAUUCGAGGGAUAUUCCCGAGGUGGCGUGGGAUUCGGCCGCGGUGCUGGAGAAUGUUGAGUUCUGGUUGGCGAGCCGCAAGGUGUUGAGGGAGAGGCUGCUGCCGCUGAGUCCGAGGGAGGUGGAAUGGAGGGGUAUGAAGGCGAGCGAGGGGAGUGGGUGUGAGAACAGGCUGGAGGAGAAGGCGGUGGAGCUGUUGCAGGGCGUUCGGGACGUGUUGGCGGAGGAAGAAGAAGAUUAAGCCUGUUGUUGUUUGCUGCGGUGUUGUUUGUAUCUCGGAGUUGACCUACCUGCCUACCUACCCAUUUUCGUUCUUGGCCAUCAACAGGAGUAUUGCGAUUUUGCGUUUGCCGUGGGGCUUCUCGGGUAUACAUUAGACCCUUGGUUAGGAGCCGUGAAU